CCGGGGCGCUCGCUGCACGCCCGUCGGCCGCUGGGGCCUCCGGAGCCGAUCUCGGGCCGGCACCCACGCUCCAUCACGGGAUCGAACCCCGCUCCCACAGCCGCGAUUCCGGGAGCGUUGGCCCUGGGGGCCCCACUGAGCGAGCGGCAUGCGGCACCCCCGGGCCUGCGCUGCGUCCUCCGGCCCACUGCCCAGCCCCCCCAGGAGGCCCUGACGCCCUGGGGCCACUUCUGCUGUGCACAGGACCACGUGGGGGUUUGCCAUGGUGACAUAAAGGCGCGCGGAGGAAGGAAGGAGCGCGACCGGCCUGCGGACUGUGCCCCUGGCUGGGAGGAAGGGCCGGGCGCCCGGAUCCUCCACUCCUGCUGCCCGCUGAGGGCCGUGCUUGCUGAGUGACUGUGAAUUGGGUGGUCGGGGGACGACUGCUCUCCCCUCCUGCGUGGGGCCCGGGGGCGGCCAGGAUGCCCGCCCUGGCGCGCCUCCGCAGGCUGUGUCGGCACGUGUCCCCGCAGGCUGUCCUUUUCCUGCUCUUCGUCUUCUGCCUGUUCAGCGUCUUCGUGUCGGCCUACUACCUGUAUGGCUGGAAGCGGGGCCUGGAGCCGUCCUCGGCCGACGGCCCCGAGCCCGACUGCGGGGACCCGCCCCCCGUGGCCCCCAGCCGCCUGCUGCCGCUCAAGCCCGUGCAGGCGGCCGCCCCCUCCCGCACGGACCCACUGGUGCUGGUGUUUGUGGAGAGCCUCUACUCCCAGCUGGGCCAGGAGGUCGUGGCCAUCCUGGAGUCCAGCCGCUUCAAGUACCGCACGGAGAUCGCGCCGGGCAAGGGCGACAUGCCCACGCUCACCGACAAGGGCCGCGGCCGCUUCGCCCUCAUCAUUUAUGAGAACAUCCUCAAGUACGUCAACCUGGACGCCUGGAACCGGGAGCUGCUGGACAAGUACUGCGUGGCCUAUGGCGUGGGCAUCAUCGGCUUCUUCAAGGCCAACGAGAACAGCCUGCUGAGCGCCCAGCUCAAAGGCUUCCCCCUGUUCCUGCACUCAAACCUGGGCCUGAAGGACUGCAGCAUCAACCCCAAGUCCCCGCUGCUCUACGUGACGCGGCCCAGCGAGGUGGAGAAGGGCGUGCUGCCCGGCGAGGACUGGACCGUGUUCCAGUCCAACCACUCCACCUACGAGCCCGUGCUGCUGGCCAAGACCCGCUCCUCCGAGUCCAUCCCGCACCUGGGCGCGGAUGCCGGGCUGCACGCCGCGCUGCACGCCACCGUGGUCCAGGACCUGGGCCUUCAUGACGGCAUCCAGCGCGUGCUGUUCGGCAACAACCUCAACUUCUGGCUGCACAAGCUCGUCUUCGUCGAUGCCGUGGCCUUCCUCACCGGCAAGCGCCUCUCGCUGCCUCUGGACCGCUACAUCCUGGUGGACAUCGAUGACAUCUUUGUGGGCAAGGAGGGCACACGCAUGAAGGUGGAGGACGUGAAGGCCCUGUUUGAUACGCAGAAUGAACUACGCACGCAUAUCCCAAACUUCACCUUCAACCUGGGCUACUCAGGGAAAUUCUUCCACACAGGUACUGACGCUGAGGACGCGGGGGAUGACCUGCUGCUGUCGUACGUGAAGGAGUUCUGGUGGUUUCCCCACAUGUGGAGCCACAUGCAGCCCCACCUUUUCCACAACCAGUCGGUGUUGGCCGAGCAGAUGGCCCUGAACAAGAAGUUCGCUGUCGAGCACGGCAUUCCCACAGACAUGGGCUAUGCCGUGGCGCCCCACCACUCGGGCGUGUACCCUGUGCAUGUGCAGCUGUACGAGGCCUGGAAGCAGGUGUGGAGCAUCCGCGUGACCAGCACAGAGGAGUACCCCCACCUGAAGCCAGCCCGCUACCGCCGCGGCUUUAUCCACAACGGCAUCAUGGUCCUCCCGCGGCAGACCUGCGGCCUCUUCACGCACACCAUCUUCUACAGUGAGUACCCUGGCGGCUCCAGCGAGCUGGACAAGAUCAUCAAUGGGGGCGAGCUCUUUCUCACCGUGCUCCUCAAUCCUAUCAGCAUCUUCAUGACACACCUGUCCAACUAUGGGAAUGACCGCCUGGGCCUAUACACCUUCAAGCACCUGGUGCGCUUCCUGCACUCCUGGACCAACCUCCGGCUGCAGACGCUGCCGCCCGUGCAGCUGGCACAGAAGUACUUCCAGAUCUUCUCUGAGGAGAAGGACCCGCUCUGGCAGGACCCCUGUGAGGACAAACGCCACAAAGACAUCUGGUCCAAGGAGAAGACGUGUGACCGCUUCCCAAAGCUCCUCAUCAUUGGCCCGCAGAAAACAGGCACCACAGCCCUCUACCUGUUCCUGGGCAUGCAUCCCGACCUCAGCAGCAACUACCCCAGCUCAGAGACCUUUGAGGAGAUCCAGUUUUUUAAUGGCCACAACUACCACAAAGGCAUCGACUGGUACAUGGAGUUCUUCCCUAUCCCCUCCAACACCACCUCCGACUUCUACUUUGAGAAGAGCGCCAACUACUUUGAUUCGGAAGUGGCGCCCCGGCGGGCAGCCGCUCUGUUGCCCAAGGCCAAGGUCCUGACCAUCCUUAUCAACCCAGCGGACCGGGCCUAUUCCUGGUACCAGCACCAGCGAGCCCACGAUGACCCAGUGGCCCUGAAGUACACCUUUCACGAGGUGAUCACGGCAGGGCCUGACGCGUCCACGAAGCUGCGUGCCCUUCAGAGCCGCUGCCUGGUCCCCGGCUGGUACGCCACCCACAUCGAGCGCUGGCUCAGCGCCUUUCACGCCAACCAGAUUCUGGUCUUGGAUGGCAAACUGUUGCGAACAGAACCCGCCAAAGUGAUGGACACAGUGCAAAAGUUCCUUGGGGUGACCAACACUAUUGACUACCACAAAACCUUGGCGUUUGAUCCAAAGAAAGGAUUUUGGUGCCAGCUGCUUGAAGGAGGAAAAACCAAGUGUCUGGGCAAAAGCAAAGGCCGGAAAUACCCAGAGAUGGACCUGGAUUCCCGCGCCUUCCUGAAGGACUAUUACCGGGACCACAACGUCGAGCUGUCCAAGCUGCUGUACAAGAUGGGCCAGACACUGCCCACCUGGCUGCGGGAGGAUCUCCAGAACACCAGGUAGCCGCAGCCACCUCCGCCAGACGCAACGUUCGAGACGGCCUGCACGGCCUGCCGCACGCUGAGCCAGACUGACCUGCGCAGUGGGGAGCUGGGCCCGGGCUGGCCAAGCACGUAUGAGCAAUACUCGGCUGAGGCCCCGGCAGGGCCAGGAGAAGAGCCCGGGCGGGUCCGCAGGCCCCUCAGAGCAUCCCGGGCUGGGUCUGUUGCCUCCGGACCUCCCUAGCCACCGGGGGUCCAUUCUGUUCACAGCCUUCCGUGGGGAGGCCACUUCCUGUCGGGGAGAGGCCACUUCCUGUCGGGGGGAGGCCACUUCCUGGGAGGAGGGAGUCUGUGAGACUCUUUUCUGUCCCUCACUGUGUUCUACCCUCCCCUUCAUCCCAUCACUCCCUGCCCCGGGCAGGGUAUUCCCUCAGUAUUAGCUGCCAUAUUUUCCCUGUUCCUCCAGACACUAGGGAGAAGAGCCCAGCUGGGCCUUUUGCCAAACCAGGGAGAGAGACUGGAUGGUUCCCUGACUGUUUUGAGCCAGGCACUUCAGAGGGUUCAGCCGGGGACCCAGAGUCACUAGGCUGGAUGUGGGGGUGGCCACCUCAAGAGACCUCUGGACCUCCACACACAUUCUGGUUACCACCUUCACAUCUCACCUUCCCUUUGAGGUAAAGAAUCGCUGAUUCCUACAGUAUCCACCCAGUGCUUGGGGCCUCUUCAGGACCCUGGGGCACUGCCGUGCCAUUUGGACCCAGAGACCCAGGCCUCCCUACCCCCGUUCCUCACCCUGGGAUAUGACGUGUGGUGUUUCCUGUGGUAAAAGACUGAGGCGGUUCAGGAGUCUGCCAGUAUACAUGUCCCAUUGUACAUAUGCUGUCCCCACGCCCCACCCGACCUUGGCCCCUGGCAGACACUGGGCAGAGUGGGUCAGACUGCUAUCCAUGGCUUUGCCCCAGCUACCUGUGGCCAAGGGCUCCUAGAGACCCCCUAACCCCCCUCCCGAAUACUAAGAAGCUAAAGUAUUUUAAUAUUUUGUUUUUCUCUUGGUGCCAGAGUUUAUACCCUGGGUGCUGGGGUCGCACUGUGUUAUAUAUAUAUAUAAUGUGUAUAUAUAUAUAUAUUAUAUUUUUUUUGGUUGGGUUUAUUUUUAAUUCAGUCAUACAAAAUGGUGGCAAGCCCCAGUGUCACAUCUCAGUGCUAGGGAAUGAGACGGAAGGGAGGAGGGGGGCAUGUCCUCAUGUGUUGGGGCCUCCAGGAGACAGUUUGGAGGUGUCCCUUGGAGAGGUCUCUGCUCCCUCCCCGAGUGGCGUGGUUGCCCUGGGGCUACGGGAACAGAGGUGGCAGGGAGAUGAACAGGGAACACCUAUUCCUCCCAGGAAACCUGGCUUCCUGAAGCUCAGGGACCCUGGAGGAAUUCUGGCCAAAGGCAACAGCUGGGCUGGAGAGGGUGGCUGGGAGGCCGAAGGCCAGCCUGUCCCCUCCCCCUCACAUGGUGCUAGGUUGGGAGCUGCCCUGGGAGCCGGGCGGCCCUCUGUGACCCUCUGAACGGUCUCCAGGCCCCCCACAGACCAUGGGAUCUCAGGGCUGUCUUCUGGUUUGGGCCUGCUCCUACCCCCUUCUUUAACAAUGUGAAGUGACGAAGGCUGGGCGCCUGUCCCCAGCCCCUCCCACUGCCAGGUCCACUUCCAGCCCACGUCCAGGAAGCCCUUUCUGGAGAGCCUCGUCCUGUUCGGAAGCCUCCAGCAUCUUGGGGCUGGAAGGGUCCUUUGAUGGUAUGGAAACAGGCCCAGAAAGGGGAGGCAGCCUCCUUGACCCAUGUCUCAGAACUGGGUGCAGGCAGAGCUGAGAACUGCAUCCGAGGCUCCCGAUUCCGAGUCCAGUGCUCUUCUUCCAACGCCACACUGCCUCUGAGCCCAUCCUUGGGACCCUACUCUGUGCCAGGUUCCUGUCCCACCCUCAGUCACACCCGUGGUCAUUCCAGGAUAGGGGACAAACCACUCCUUCCCAGCCAGGGUGCCUUUGAGCCUUCUCAGUCCCUGAUCUGCAUUUGCAGUCCCGCCUCACUCUCCCUAAGAGGGUCCUUUCCCCAGUGUGCGGGGGGCUGGGGCUGGCUGAUCCCUGAACCUGUCCCCUCCCCUCAAAUUCUUCACUGGGUGGCUUCUCGGCAGAAUGGCCACGUGUGGGUUCGCUGCCCUGCGAGAGAAGCCUUCCCAUCGCGCUUCUUCUCGGGGCCUUUGAGCCUGGGAUCCAGCCCAGACUCUCAGAAUGGGGUCUUCCAUAGUGCAGACCCCAGGCCUCCCUGUCCCCCCAGGCCCCCCUUCCCCCCGGGGGAAGCUCCGGGCCCGUAAGGACCUUACAGCUUCCACGUGCUGAAAUCUACCCUCUGUGUCUAGAUGCCUGCCCCUGCCUCUGGGAGCUCAGAAGGCCUAGUGGGCAGGCAGCCCCGUUUCCCUCUGCCUCUGGCUCCAGGAAGGAGCAGGCAGUGUCGAGGCCCUGUGGGACCCUGUGGGAGCGGAGGAAAUAUCAGAGAGUUUUUGUCCGGGCUCUUCUGGGAGGCUAGGGACUUGACCUGCCACAUGUUCUGUCUGGUCACUGCUACUUCCCUUCCUGCUAUAAUGAAUCUUUCUUGUGGACCCAUUGCCAGGACCUGUGGAUAUUGGGGGGGAGGGGCAGAUAAAUCCCUCUAGGGGCUCUCAGCCGCUGAGCACACAGAUCCCGGACGUGAGAGGAGCAAAUGGGUACAGCAUCUCAGCAUCUCUAAUGUUCGCUAAUUCACUGUGUUGGGCCACAAAAUCAAAAUAGAGAGAGAGAGAGAAACAGCUCAGGUCAUGUAGCUGACUCCACCAUCCAUUCUGCCCUACCCCCCUGAGCCUUGGCGGGAGGUGGACACAGGUGUGAGGGUCACACGCGGCUGCCCGAGUCCCUAGGUGUUCUAGAGCCACCCGUGGUGCAGGCAUCUUGGGCUUGGAGGAUGAACCUGAAGUUUAAAGAUGGCCCCCUUCCAAGCCCGUGAGUCAACGCAGCCAGCGCCUUGGGGGCCCAGCGGAGGGAGCCGUGAUCUAUUCCCAGUGGAGGGAAACGAGGCUGAUCCCCAGAGAUUGGUGGUCUCCAUAGGGAGGCGUCCCACGGGUUUGUUGGUGACGGAGCAAGUGAAAACAUGUUUCACUGAUUAUUUUAAUUUGAACACCCACGACCCUCCAACCAGGUUUAAAGUGAACAUCUUGUCACACUUGUUCUCUCUCUGUCUACAUAUAUGUUUUUCUGAAUUUGUUCAAAAGUAAGUUGCAAAUGUCAUGAGACUUUACCACAUGCUUCCGCCUGCGUCCCCUCCGAGUUAGGACGCCGUCCUCCAUAUUGGCCUGUUUCACACUGAAGACCGCAGCAAUGUCCUAAGAGCAUCUGCUGUUUGGUCUGCGUUCACUGUCCCCCAAGUAACUCGUACCCGGUUGGGGAAUCAGGAUCCUGUCAAGGUGCACACACUCACUGCAUCUUGUAACCAUGGCUUUUGUUCAGUCCCUUGAAAUGCUGAAAAAUCCUCUCUCUGCUCACUUUGAUUUUUUAUAAUGCCAUUAUUUCUGAGGCGAGCGGGCCUGCUGCCCCAUCGAAAUCCCACAUUCUAGAUCUGUCUGAUCGUUUCUUUGUGGUGUUACAGAACACGGUCCUCCAGCCCCUGCGCUGUCAAGGGUAAUUCAGGCUGUCGGAAGUUUUGCCUUUUGUGCUGAUGUGACAACUUCACUCCAGCCUGAGAUGCCCCUCUACUGCUGCCUGCACCAAGUGCCAACCCAGCAGAAGAGCCGGGUGGAGUUCCAGGAGCCCAGGGGAAGGCAAGGGGGGCAACCAUUGCAGUUCAGGGGGAGGACUACGGGGAGGAGCCUGGGCUCGCUGGGGAGGAAAUUUCUCUGGCUCAGAAGACCCUGUGCUACCCCCUCUGAUCCCGGCGAUGGACCACAGGGCACCAAAUAGCAUCUCUCUCUCUCUCUCUCUCUCUCUCUCUCUGUUUUGUGGCCUCCUGGUGUUUACUUCCCAGAGGCCCACGGUCUGUGUGCACUGGAGCAGAGCCAGGCCCCUGGGAUACACCAGGACGGGCCCAGCUGGGGAACUGCCCAGUUGUGGUGUGAGGAGAAGAGCACUGGGCUGGAGGCAGGAGAUGUGAAAUUUUGUCCCAACUGGGUGCAUUUAGUAGCUGCGUGACAGCUUUCCUCCCAGGGCCUCAAUUUCCCCAUUUACAGCAUGCGCAGAUGGGGCUAAAGCAGGGGUUUUCAAAUGUCAGAGAAGGAAGCAGGUCUGCUCUAGGCGAAGUGAGGAUGGAGGGCCCAGACCCCUGCCCUCAAGGCAAUGCUGGGUGCCUGGUUUGCAACCGCGGGCUGGCUACCGUCCCCCUCCCCCCUCCCCCGGGCUUGCUCUUGCCAGCUCGGACAGCCAGAGGUUUUUGUAGUUCCCACAGGGGACGGGCAUGGGCUUUGUGAAGGGUCAGUGUCAAGGGCCUGGGGAGACUCUGGCUGUGUUUUAUCCUAAUAAGUUGUUCCCUCCCUCUUUCCUUCGUCUCUCUGGCCCUUGAGGGGAAUGAAGGAGGAGAGGGUUUUCUAUGACUGUGCUAGCUUUUAUUAUAAGCAAGAGGGCUCCUUGUGUAAUUUGUGCAUGAAAUUCAUGUCAUUUCCUGGGGAGAGGAGAGGGCUGACUGGAGAGGGUGGGGGGCACGCCAGGGGAGCAGACAGAGGUUUCCUUCCCUUGUUGGGGGGGAGAGGGGGAGAGGGGAUGCUACCCAGCUCACCUGAUCAGGGCUCUCGAACCAGCCGUUUUGGGUUGUGUUAAAAGCGGGAACCUUCCUCCAUUAAUGUACAAUCUCGAACUAACUGCUAAUAAAGUGGGGUUCUAUUUGUA